CUUUUUCUUUCCUUGUUCUGCCUGCGUAGUCAUUACAUAAAUAAAAGGUAGCGCAAUUAAUUAUUGCAAUUGUUGUUUUUGAUUGAACCGCAACGAACGAGGUAUUUACAAUAGAACCUCUUUAAAAUAUUACACCGGCGAGUUGUUUGCUCCUAGGCGCAGAUUCAAGAUUCAAGCCUCAGCGCUAGUGCAUUGUGAACUUGGCAGCUGUGUAGACGUAUGUCGGUCGGAUCGAAACACAAUUUUAACCUCAAAAAAAUCGUUAAUCAAAUACUAAGUAUAUUAAAUCAGACAAGAAGUAUAUUUAAAAUGUCGAGGAAAAGAACACGAAGCAGAUCAGAAGAUACAUCACCUCAUCUCCUAACCUACAAUAUGUCGCUUUGCCGGGAGGCCCCGUUCAGCGAUGAACCCGAAGCCAUCCGAAAUAGGGAGAUGUGCGAUUAUACAAAAAAGAUAACUAUCGAAAUGGCUAGAAGUGGUAACGUGUCCAGGCCAAUCAGGAUUUACGCCGAUGGUAUCUACGACCUGUUCCACCAGGGUCACGCCAGACAGUUGUUGCAAGCAAAAAAUUUAUUCCCCAACGUUUAUCUGAUUGUUGGAAUUUGCAGCGAUAAAUUGACUCACAGCAAGAAGGGCAGAACGGUGAUGAGCGAGUACGAGAGGUACGAAGCGGUGCGGCAUUGUAGGUACGUGGACGAGAUAGUCAGGGACGCGCCCUGGGAAGUGGACGACGUCUUCGUGGCAAAGCACAAGAUCGACUUCAUAGCCCACGACGACAUCCCUUACGGUACGGACGACAGCAAUGACAUCUACGCGCCUUGGAAGGCGAAAGGUAUGUUCGUGGCCACACAGAGGACGGAGGGCGUGUCGACGUCGGAUGUAGUCGCCAGGAUAGUCAGGGACUACGACAUAUACGUCAGGAGGAACCUGGCCAGAGGUUACACUGCCAAAGAACUCAACAUCUCCUACCUGAGCGAGAAGAAGAUCAGGUUGCAAAACAAGAUGCACGAGUUGAAGGACAAAGGCCGCAAGGUAAUAGACACAAUUGGAGAACGCAAAGAUGACAUGAUAGCCAAAUGGGAGGAGAAAUCAAGGGAUUUCAUCGAAAGUUUCCUCCUGCUGUUCGGGAAGGAGAGACUCACCUCUAUCUGGAACGAAUCCAAAGAUAAGAUAAUGAACGCGCUCAGUCCUCCUAGUUCACCUCCAGGUUCCCCUAGUUCCAGCAAUGGCGAUCCGGACGAUGAUACUCCCCCAAGAAAGAACGCUAGGUUUGAAGCUGCCUCUAGUCUCAACGAAUACUACAGUAAUGAUUACAGUGACGAAGAUGAGGAGUAUGUCACGCCUGCAGGAUCAGUGAAACAUUGAUUUUCGUGUAGUUUACACAUUUAAACUUACCACGCAAGGUAUUCGACUGUUGAUGCAAUUGUUGUAUAUGUCUUACGUUUUUAAAAUAUACAAAUUUAUUUAUUUAUUUUCAAUAUGUAAAUUAUUCAGAUUGUUGUUGAGAGUAUUGUGAUUGGAAAAUUUUGAAUCCAAAGUGUUGUUGAGUAUUAUUAAUGGGCCUUUUUGGGACGUCGAAUUUGUUAAAAGGACAAUUCUUUUACUGCGAAAAGUUUUCAUGGUGUUUUGUAUGAAUGAUAUUCUAAUUGAGAGUGCAAGUUUAAUGUGGGGAGACCUUGGUGAUAAUGUGCCUUGAAUAAAUUUUUUUAAACCUUUGUUGAGUUGUCAGGCUGUAGAAAUGACAUUGGCAUUAUGAAUGUCACAAAUCAUUCCUUUGUUGAAAUGGCGUAUGCUAAAUUGAAUAACUUCUCUUAAAAAAAUUAAUUGUUUCAUUCCAUCACUUUUUUCAGGGUCAUUAAAAUAUUUAACAAUCAAAUUUCGAUAUUUGAUAAAAAAUUUUCCAAGUGAGACUGCAUAGAAUAUUAAUACUCAACACUAGAAUUUUAAUUCCAUGAAGGUUUAUGAAUAUAUUUGCGAUAAUAAUCGAGUUUUCUUUUUUACUUAAUCGUUGCAACUUCAAUUAUAUAACAAUUAUAUUUGUCAAACAGGAAUAUUUCAAAUUAUUCGGUUGGUGCAUAUGAAAUAUUAAAUCUCAGAUAGCAAAGAGAGAGCAUCAAUAAGGAUAUAAUCAAAAUGCAGAAAAUAUCACCAUUGGACAGAUUAUAUUCAACAAAAUAAACACCAAUCUAGGAGUACAGUAAAUGUGCCAAUGAAUAUGUAAUUCUCAAAAGAAAUUCAUCAAAAUAAUCCAUCCAUUGUUUUUAUUUCUAUAUUCAUACAAAUUUCAUAAGUGUUUUACUAUUUUUUUGAAAUUGUAAAAAUAAAUGAUCUGUACAUUUAUUCCAAAUAUUUGGAAAUAAUCCUAUCACGAAAUAAAUACUUUUCAAAUUUUUCUCCUGCAUCCCUCAUUUUUCAAAAAACUUCUAAAGAGAUUCCUUCUGCCUAUAUAUGAACGUUUUACAUGCCCUUCUUUUAUACUGAUUUUGUAUUAUACAUUUUUUCUGAAGCAGUUCAAUGUUAAGGUGCUGUUAGAACUUGAUAGUAAGUGGCAUGUGCACAUUUAGAUAUCAGAAUGUAUAAAUUUUUGCCAAAAAAACUUUAUAAGAUAUGGAUAUUUGUUUAGCAAGUCAUUUUAAUAAAGGUUUUAUUGACAUUGUAA